CUCUUCACGACGAAAACACCGGGGAAAAGCCCAUCUAAAGAGUGGAAAAGACGCCUUUCUUGAGGAAAGCGAGCUAUUUGUGUGUGCUUUUGUCUCUCUCCGCCGUCUUCUCUCGCAAGUGACGACCGCUUAUCACCAGAUCUGUCCUGGGGAAUAAAGCAAAGCAGCAACGGAUAUAAACAAAACCAAUGGUGUCUCCAGUUGACGGCUCGCCAAGGGUGCCAGGAUCGCCUGGACCGGGCUCUUCUGCUUCAAGAGCUCAGAAUAUCAACUACAGGGAAUCGCACGAUUCCUUGCACCCCAACUUCAUCGCAAUUCCAGUGGAAAGAACACCCCAUUCUGUUCGUCUGCGUCGUGACUCUCUGCUUCACAACCCUCUCGGCUCUUUCAAAGGUGUGAACUCGCUUGGGCGAUUUGCAUCCUCGUUCUCGAGAGCCCAGUCGUUCAGGACGAUCGAGCCUCUGUCGCAGCACUCGAGAUCGUACUUUAGGGAUAACGAUGAGCUCUUUGAUAGAGAUACGCUGGCGCCGUCGUACCACGGCCAGAGGCUCUCCACUGUGGUCCAGCGAAACGAGUUUGAGCCCUUGAGACCGAAGCCAAGCAACGAUAGCAUAGCCAUUGACGAGCAGGGUGACUACGACGCUAUUGAUGACAGUUCAUUCGUCCAGAGCUAUAGAUCCCCUUCUGUGUACUCAUACGGUGCCACGGGGAACUUGAUUGGAGGUGACGCAAGCUCCUUCACCGGCUUCCAAGAGGCUACGCCUCUUGUCCUGAAGAAAGUGGAAGCCAAGGGGAAAGUGGUGACCGUGAUCGCAGGUCAAUCCACUGCUCCGCAGACGAUUUUCAACUCCGUUAACGUGCUCAUCGGUAUUGGGCUCUUAGCAUUGCCAUUGGGAUUAUCCCACUCUGGUUGGUUACUCGGUAUACCAGCCUUGGCUCUUUGUGCUUACUUGACUUUCAACUCUGCUGAACUCCUGUCCCGUUGUAUGGAUACAGAUCCAACUCUUAUGACUUAUUCGGAUUUGGCAUACGUGACCUUUGGUCCAAAGGGUAGAGCUCUAAUUUCGCUUCUAUUCUCUCUUGACCUUAUGGCAAGCGGUGUUUCACUUAUUGUGCUGUUUGCGGACUCACUUAACGCAUUGUUCCCCUCGAUCUCGAUCAUUCAUUUCAAAGUCAUCGCCUUCUUGGUGUUAACCCCACCUUCCUUCUUACCUCUAAACAUCCUCAGUCUUGUGAGUUUGGCAGGUAUCACUUCAACCAUUGGUGUUGUAAUUGUGAUUUUCCUCUGUGGUUUCACUAAAUCAACAUCACCGGGUUCGCUCAUCGAGUUCGCCACUACAAACAUGUUUCCAAACUCCAUCCCUGAUGCUCUUAUUGCUAUUGGAAUUCUGAUGGCUCCAUUUGGUGGCCAUGCAAUCUUUCCAAAUUUGAAAGUUGAUAUGAGACAUCCUCAUAAGUUUAAAGAUUGUUUGAAGGUGACAUACUCUAUCACGUUUCUGACGGAUAUGUCAAUGGCAAUCAUUGGAUUCCUAAUGUUUGGUGAUGCUGUUAAGGAUGAAAUCACAAAGAGUGUUUUGUUGACAAAGGGUUAUCCACAAUUUACAUAUUGGCUAAUCUGUGCGUUGAUGGCCACCGUUCCAUUCUCUAAGACACCAUUGAAUGCUCGUCCAAUCAUCUCUAUUUUUGAUAUGGCCUUGAGAUUACAAGACAUCUCUGAGUUCAAAGGGUUGGCUUAUGGGUGGAGAUUAACGCUCAAGAUCUCUGUUCGCAUCUUUGUCAACGCCUUAUUCGUCAUCAUUGCCAUAAUGUUCCCUGCAUUUGAUAAGAUUAUAGCAUUUAUGGGGGCUGGUUUAUGUUUCCUCUUAUGUUUGAUCCUUCCUGCCAUCUUUUACAUGACCAUCUGUAAAGACACCAUCACCAACAGGGAAAGAGUUGAAUGCUGGAUAAUCAUAGUGUUCAGUGCCAUAUUCUCAGUUGUUGGUACUACAGCAGCAAUAUUGUAUUGAAAUAGUACAUAGUUAUUGUCUUGCGACAUCCUAGAAAGUCUCAACAACGGGUAACAUUGUUUAAUACACAAAUUACACACAACAGCUGGAAUCA